AUACUGACUAAUAAUCAGACUAAUGAUAUAUAUAGAGAGUUAUAUAGUAUACGAGAAAAUUUACCUGUAUACCAAUAUAGGCAGGUUAUUAUUGAUAAAUUAUUUCAAAAUAACGUCAUAGUGAUAGCCGGUGAAACGGGUAGCGGUAAAAGUACUCAAGUACCACAAUUUAUUUUAGAGGCAAGUAAUUUUGAAAUAUUUGAUAUGAUACGGAAGGGAGAGGGUGAAAAAUGUAACAUAAUAUGUACACAACCACGUCGUAUAUCUGCUAUUAGUCUGGCAACACGUGUCUCUCAAGAACUUGGUGAAAACAAUUUAGGUUCUAAAGACUCGUUAUGUGGGUAUCAGAUACGAUUUGAAUCGAAGAAAAAUAUGAAUACUAAGUUAUUAUAUUGUACUACUGGUGUUAUAUUACGACAAUUACAGAAUCAACCAAAUUUAAACGAUGUUUCACAUCUUGUUAUUGAUGAGGUACAUGAAAGAAGUGUACAGUCUGAUUUUCUAUUAAUAGUAGUUAAGAAGUUAUUGUGUAUAAGACAUGAUUUAAAGAUAAUAUUAAUGAGUGCUACAUUAGAUAGUGAGAAAUUCUCUUCCUAUUUCCAACAUUGCCCUGUUAUAAAUAUACCUGGUAGAACAUUUCCUGUAGAGGUAUUCCAUGUAGAAGAUGUGAUAGAAAACUGUGGAUAUAUUGUAGAUGAUGAUUCUAAAUAUUCUUAUAAUCCUAAUCAACUAGUUCAGAUAGAGUCAGCAAGUUUAGAAGUAACUGUGAAAGGUGGAGAAUCAACUAAAAUGGGUGUCAAUUGGACUAAAGAAAAUAUAUCUAAGAUUGAUCAUACAGAUCUACCAGGUGAUGUUUAUAGUUUAAGAACAAGAAAUGCAGUAACCAGAUUAAACCAUAAUAGAAUCAACAUGGACCUAAUUGUGGAUUUGAUUAAAUAUCUAGGGAACUGUGAUCCGUAUGAUGAUAUGGAUGGUGCCAUAUUGAUAUUUCUACCUGGUCUGUCGGAUAUUCAGGAAUUAAAUGAAAUAUUAACAACAGAUAGAGAAUUCUCUGAUCCUAGAAAGUAUCAAAUUCUGGCUUUACAUUCAGUUUUAUCAUCAGGAGAUCAGACUAAAGCCUUUGCCAUACCUCCACAGGGAGUCCGUAAGGUGGUACUAGCUACUAAUAUAGCUGAAACUGGUAUUACUAUUCCUGAUGUUAUAUUUGUUAUUGAUUCUGGAAAAGUGAAAGAAACAAGAUAUAUAGAAACCAAACAGAUGAGUUGUUUAGAAGAGGUAUUUAUUAGUAAAGCUAAUGCUAAACAAAGACAAGGUAGAGCUGGUCGUGUACAGAGUGGUUAUUGUUUUAGACUAUUUACUAAGGCUAUGUAUAAUGAUUUUAAAGCCUAUACUAUACCAGAGAUAUUACGUGUUCCUUUAGAAGAGUUAUGUUUAAAUAUUAUGAAAUGUAAUUUUGGAAAUCCUGUAGAAUUUUUACGUGAAGGGCUGGAUCCACCUCAAGAAUUAUCUGUGAUACGUGCUAUGAAUUUAUUACGAGAUGUUGGGGCUUGCGAGGAAGAAGAAAAUAAAUUAACGCCAUUAGGUCAUCAUUUGGCUUCUCUACCAGUUCAUGUUAGAAUUGGUAAAAUGCUGUUAUAUUCUGCUGUUUUUGGCUGUUUGGAGCAAGUAGCUGUGAUAGCAGCUGCUAUGACUGAUAAAUCACCAUUUGUUGUACCAUUGGGUAAACGUGAAGGUGCUGAUCAAGCUAAACAAAAUCUAGCCAUGGCUGUUUCUGAUCAUUUUACUCUCUAUAAUGCUUAUUUAGGAUGGAAACGAGCAUCCUAUACUGGUAGAAAUUCAGAAGAGUCUUAUUGUAGACAGAACUUUUUAAAACGCAGCACGUUACUAGAUAUAGAGAAUGUAAAAGAAGAUUUAAUGAAGUUAGUAGGCUCUAUAGGGUUUGAUAUCAGCUAUUCUAUGAGUAAAGAUAGUGAAAAGACUGACCCAGCUGUAAUAGCUAUGGUUAAAGCUAUCAUAACAGCAGGUUUAUAUCCUAAUGUUGGGAAAGUGACCCAUACUCCAGUACCAGAUGCUGCUCUUUAUCCUGAUAGAAAACUUUGUAUUGUUGAAACUCAGUAUGCUCCUAUAGCCAUCCACCCAUCUUCAGUCAACAGAUAUAUGGAAAAUAAUGGUUGGGUUAUAUAUCAUGAAAAGGUGAAGCUCUCCAGAGUUUAUCUACGAGAUGUUACUCUUAUCUCCCCUUAUCCACUCUUAUUAUUUGGAGGUGCCAUUGAUGUUCAACAUACACAACAAUUGGUUACCAUCGACUCUUGGAUUAAAUUUAAAACCUACGCUAGAACUGGAGUUAUAUUUAAAGAAUUAAGAAAUUUAUUGAGUGAUUUACUUCAGAAGAAAUUAGAAUCUCCAUCACUAAACUUCUCCGAUAAUGAGUUGGUGUGUAUGAUACAGAAACUUCUACAGAGUGAACGUGCUACAACAGUUUAA